AUUUUCAGGGAACUAUAGGACCGACAGCUGAUUUCAACGCAGAAAAAGUGGCAGCGCGAUUAAGGAAAGCUAUGCGUGGUAUUGGUACAGAUGAAAAGGUGAUAAUUGACAUUCUAACUGGCCAUAAUAAUGUUCAAAGGCAAAUCAUAAAGAAAAAAUACAAAACAAUUUACGGCAGGAUUCUGACCGAUGACAUCAAAGCUGAGCUAGGAGGGCAUUUUGAAGACGUUUGCUUAGCUCUGUUGUGCCCCCUUGUAGAAUACAUUGUGGAUUGCCUGUAUUUUGCUGUUAAGGGUCUUAAGACGGAUGAAAACUGCAUAAUUGAAAUUCUCGUUUCAUUGGAAUAUAUGGAGCUUAAAUAUGUUAAAUCUGUCUUCAGGGAAAAAUAUGACGAUGAUUUGGGAGAGUUCCUCUGCAGUGGUUUAAGAGGCGAUAUGAGAAAGCUAAUUUCGACUUUGACAUCACGUGAUCGUGAACACUACGUUGAAGUCGACGAACAAUCAGCAGUCGUCGAUGCUCACCACCUAUACGAUGCUGGUUUAUCGAAAAGCUGGGGUAGUGAUGAAGAUCUGUUCAUAAAUAUUCUUGCUACUCGAAGCAAAAAUCAACUACGAGCCACAAUAGCAGCGUACGAAAGAAUAGCUGGGCAUCUCAUGGAAGAAGCUAUCAAAUCCGAAUUCGGUGGAAACAUCAGACAUGCUCUUUUAGCUAUUGUAGCGAACGAGCAUACUAAUCCCGGAAGAACGUCCGUUAAUGCUAGUAAAACUACUCAACCAACAUCUGCUCCAUUUCCAGCGCCUGUUCCUGCACCGGAGAAGCCACCUGCCCAGUUUCUAGCCCAACCUGCGGUACCCGACGACAACUCCUGUACUGAUACUCUCAGGAGUGUUUUCCAAAUCUCCCGGGAAUUCGGCAUAGACCAGAGGCUACUUCUAGCUGAAGGCUCUACUUCAUCUUCAUCUACAUUCAACGACCCAAAUAGAGAAGACCUCCUCAUCGGAUUCUGGAAUGCAAACGGCGUUCUUCCAAAAACUCAUGAAUUACGGGAUUAUAUCAGUGAGCAUGCUGUGGACUUCUUCCUUGUUCAGUAA